AAAGAGUCAGCACGCUCUUUCUCCCCUGCAUUUUGGUAACUUCGGUGGCUGACUACGAUGAGGCUUUCCGGCGCCGGAGAAUCUUCCCCGGCGGCGUCUUCCCCGACCACCAGUCAGGCUGCUUCGGCCAGCGUAAUUGAUGGACCAGCAAGGCCGAUCCGACUGGUGUACGCCGACGAGAAGGGGAAGUUUCACAUGGAUCCGGAGGCGGUGACGAUGCUUCAAUUGGUGAAGGAACCUGUGGGCGUGGUUUCGGUGUGCGGUCGUGCACGUCAAGGGAAGAGCUUUAUCUUGAAUCAGCUUCUUGGCAGGAGCAGUGGAUUUCAAGUGGCAUCAACACACCGUCCUUGUACCAAAGGUAUUUGGAUGUGGAGCAUGCCACUGCAGAGAACUGCUCUAGAUGGAACAGUGUACAAUCUCUUACUCUUGGACUCUGAAGGCAUUGACGCAUAUGAUCAAUCGGGGACAUAUAGCACACAAAUAUUUUCGUUGGCUGUUCUCCUAUCAAGCAUGUUCAUAUACAACCAGAUGGGUGGCAUUGAUGAAACUGCACUCGACCAUCUAUCUCUUGUGACCGAGAUGACCAAACAUAUUCGUGUUAGAUCUUCUGGGGGUAGGAGCACAGCCACAGAGCUUGGGCAAUUUUCCCCUGUAUUUGUUUGGCUAUUGAGGGAUUUUUAUCUGGACUUGACUGAAGAUAAUCGUAAAAUUACCCCACGGGACUACCUAGAGAUUGCUCUGAGUCCAGUUCAGGGAGGAGGAAAGGACCUAGCUGCCAAGAACAAGAUACGAGAGUCCAUUCGAGAACUUUUCCCAGAUAGAGAAUGCUUUACACUCGUACGUCCUCUAAGCAAUGAGAAUGAACUUCAGCUGCUUGAUCAGAUUCCUCUGGACCGUUUGAGGCCAGAAUUUGUUUCGGAUCUAGAUUCUUUGUCAAGAUUUGUUUUCGAGAGGACAAGGCCGAAAAAAAUGGGGUCAAUUGUGAUGAAUGGGCCCAUUUUCGCUCGUAUUACACAAUCAUUCCUGGAUGCUAUAAACAGGGGUGCGGUGCCUACAGUUACAUCUUCAUGGCAGACUGUGGAGGAAGCUGAAUGCCAGAGAGCAUAUGAAUUGGGUGCCGAAGUCUAUAUGUCUACUUUUGAUCGUUCCAAACCUUCAGAGGAAGCUGCAUUACGAGAAGUACAUGAACAUGCAUUUCAGAAAUCAAUGGACACUUUUAAUACUACUGCUGUUGGGGCUGGUGUGACUAGGCAAAUGCAUGAAAAACGUCUUCAGAGUUUCUUGAACCGGGCAUUUGAAGACAUUAAAAAAGGAGUUUACAGGGAGGCUUAUCUGCAAUGUUCAAGUAUGAUAGAAAAUAUGGAAAAUGAUCUCAGAAAAGCUUGUCAUGCUCCUGAUGCAAAACUCAACACUGUCAUAAAGGUUUUUGAUGGCCUUAUGUCCAAAUAUGAAGCUACAUGUCAUGGACCAGAGAAGUGGCAAAAAGCAAUUGUCUUUGUACAACAAAGUUUGGAAGGUCCCCUACUUCACUUCAUCAAGAAGCAAAUAGACCUGGUUGACAGUGAAAAGAGUACAUUUUAUCUAAAAUGUCAGUCGAUGGAAGAUAAAAUGGCGUUAGUAAACAAGCAGCUGGAGGCAAGUGAAAAUUUUAAGUCUGACUAUUUGAAGCGCUAUGAAAAUGCUAUCAGUGACAGGAAGAGGCUCUCUGAUGGUUAUACAAGUCAUAUAACCAACUUGCAAAAAAAAUAUAGUUCAUUAGAGGAGAAAUCCUCCAAUUUAUCAAAAACACUGGAGACUGAAAGGCAGGAGUCAAUGGAUUGGAAAAGGAAGUCCGAGUUGUUUUUAACAAAACAAAAGGCUGUAGAAGAGCAGUCCAUUGCAGAAGUUGUACUGCUCAGAUCUAAAACUUCUGCUGCUGAAGCGAGAUUGGCUGCAAAUCAGGAGAAGGCUCGAUCUGCUGAGGAGGAGGCACAGGAAUGGAAGCGUAAAUAUGAGAUUGCUGUUAGAGAGGCAAAAAGUGUACUUGAAAAGGCUGCUGGUAUCCAAGAGCGCGCUAAUAUUCAAACACAUUCUCGAGAUGCUGCCUUAAGAUCAGAAUUAUCUGAUGCUUUGGCAGAGAAGGACAAUGAAAUGAAGGAAAAGGCAGAAAAAAUUGAGCAAGCUGAGCAACAGUUAACAACUUUGAAUAUGGAGUUGAAGGCUGUUGAUUCAAAAAUUAAGAAUUAUGAUCAAGAUAUAUCAUCACUAAAGUUUGAAAUCAAUGAAUUAUGCGAAAAGGUAAAAAGGUCACAGGAUGCUGCUCUUUCAGCUGAGAGCAAAGCUAGAAAUUUGGAACAGGAGAAGAUACAUUUAGAGCAGCAGUACAAAUCUCAAUUCAGUAGAUUUGAAGAACUCCAAGAAAGGUGUAGAGCUGCCGAAAAAGAGGCUAAAACAGCAAUUGAAUUAGCUGAUGAAGCAAGAGCAGAAUCCACAACAGCACAGAAGGAGCAAAGUGAUCUUCAACGUGUGGCAAUGGAAAGACAAGCUCAGGUUGAAAGAGCCAAGAGGCGCACCGAGGCUCUGAAAAGGCAAAAGGAUGAAUUAGCCAGUGAAGUGGAGAGGCGCAAAGCAGGUGAAAAAGAUGCCUUUUUAAGGGUAGAAUUGCUAGAGGAGAGACUUAGAGACAUGGAGAAAGAAACCGACUCACUUUUGCAGUCAAAUAACUAUCACAGAAAGAAUAAUGUUCAAGUGCUCGAGAGUUUGUUGGAGACCGAACGUUCUGCUUAUGCAAAAGCCAGUAAAAGGGCAGAAGCCCUUUCUGUUCAGCUCCAAGUCACACAAGGAAAGCUAGAUGAACUUUCUCUUGAAUUAACUGCCCUUCAGCAUAGCGAGAAGUCAACAAUGGAUGGUAAAAAUAGAAAUGCUUCACAUCUCAAGCGCACCAGGGCAGAUGAAUUUGAAGUGGGAAUCAACUCAGUUCAUGAUACUGGCACAAGCGGCAAAGUAUUCAGAAAAGAUAAGAGAGCUAAGAGCAACAUUUUCUCUAAUCCCGAUGAUGGCGGCUCUGUAUUUAGGAGUGGUGUGCAAAGCAAUAGUCUGCGAACCAGCGCAGAGGACUACACUAAAUUUACAAUGCAAAAACUGAAACAGGAGCUCUCCAGCCGCAAUUUUGGUGAACAACUGUCGCGACUGAGGAAUCCUAACAAGAAGGACAUUCUAGCAUUGUAUGAGAAAUGCGUUCUCAAUAAGUCUUGAGCAUCUGGUGCUUGUAAGUAAGAAAUAUUGGUCAUGAUCGGGUUGAGAAUACCCGAGUCCUCAUCUGUGUUGGCCUCAGAGUCGAACCUGGAAACAUAGACCUGUAGGGGCUAGAACUCAACUUCCUCCUUUCAGGCAAGCUUUCUGUUUGUGCAAUUAUAAAGAUCUUGCCUUGGGGCGAUUCUGCUGGGGAGUCGAGCAGUUGCUGUGCAGAGGUGCAUCGUGUGUGAUUGAUAUUAGUUGGUAACAUUGACAGUAGUUGUAAAGUCAUUCCUGAUGAUUGUGCUGGCUUAUCUUUUCUUCCAGAUUGCCUGGUCCAUUUGUGGUAUAGAUAAUAUGUGUUUGGUAGUUUCUGGUUUUCCUGCUGCCUGCAGUUGUGAUGUUUGUGUAGUGUUGAAAUGACGUUGUGCUGAAUUGUAGUUUGUAUAGAAAUUAAGAUCUUGAGUAUAUGGAUUUUUGUUUUGUUA